CGCCUUUCUGUGUUUUAUAUAUCUUUUGGUUUUCUACCCUCUCUGGGCAAUUCUUGUUUUUCCGGCGAAUUCUCGACUCAAAAAACUUCAAAACGUCUGGGAUAAUUGUUGUGUUCGUUUAGUGUAGGGGAUUUGUGGGAUUUUGAAUUUAUGCUGAAAAAGCCUUCCUUUUUUUUUUUUUUUUUUUUCACUUGAAAGGAUCAAUUUUCCGGUAGGGAUUGUUUGUUAGUUAAUGGCGGAGGCGGAAGAACUUCGGGGGAUGGGGUGCUUCUCGUUGGCGAGCGGUGUUUCUAGAGAUCCGUUGCAUUUAUGCGUUAACGGCGGCAGCUUUCCGGGGAAUUUUGAUCGGAGAAUACAGACGAAGGAGAGAAACGGCGGCGGUAGAGAAGCGGCGGCCGACGGAGGGGAGGAGGGGGGGAUUGAGCUCAGCCUGGGGCUUUCACUGAACGGGAAAUUCGGGGUCGACCCGAAUAGAGCCCAGAAGCUGAAACGCUGUUCUUCAAUAUCGAGCUUCGCGCUCAACGGGGGGGCGCGUGCAUUCUCUCCGUACGCGCCGCCGCUGAGUAGGACGUGCUCGCUGCCGGCGGAGGCGGCGGAGACGGAGGAGUGGCGGAGGAGGAAGGAGGCGCAGUCGCAGAAGCGCAUGGAGGCGAAGAGAAAGCGGAUGGAGAAGCUGAAAAACGUGAGGGUUGUGAGGGAGAAACUGGACAAAGAAGAUCCUCCUCAUUCUGAAGAAAAUGGCAACGGUUUGAUUCCAGUUUUGAGUAAUGGAAACGCAUUGCCUUCCUCACAGGGCUCCUCAGUUUCUCAAGGCAGUGGAUCUUCUGGGAUUUCCGAUUUUGACAGUCAACCUUUACAAGUGUGUGGUAAGAAUGUUGAAGCCCGAAGCCCGUCAAGCGUCCACUCCCGGGAGCUCGAGCAGCGGCCCGCCGCCACCCUCGUCGAGCCCGCAGUGAAUAACUCCGGCAACUCCGGGAAGGAUUCAAAGGAAGUGGUGGUGAGGAAUGCUUUGUUUAACAUGCCUUGUGUGACCACGAGAGGGGACGGGCCGGAGGGGAAGAAGAUAGAGGGGUUCUUGUACAGAUAUCGGAAGGGGGAGGAAGUGAGGAUAGUAUGCGUCUGCCAUGGGAACUUUCUGUCGCCGGCGGAGUUCGUGAAGCACGCCGGCGGCGGUGACGUGGCGCACCCGUUGAAGCAUAUCAUCGUUUCCCCGUCUUGUCUGUUUUAAUGGUUACCACUCCGAAAAUGGAGGGUGCGAUUUGAGAUUAAUGUUGUUUUUCCUCUUUUAUCUGUAUGCAAACAACAGAGCUCUCGCAAGAACGCAGUUAUCAGUAGAUUUUGAUUUUUUUUUACCCUAUUCAAAGCUCUAUGCAUUUGUACAGAUUUCA